UACAGACGCAGUGAAUUCUUAGGUUGUGUCUCAUUUCCAUUGGCAACUUUGUUGCAGCAACGUGAAAUCAAUGGCUCCUAUAAAUUACAGGCCCAGACCUGUUUGAAUCAACCACAUCCACAGCCAGUCAUAGACGAGUUGCUGGUACAUCAGACAGCAAAAUCAGCAUUGCAUUGGACGUCAUUGUGGCACAACAGCAACAACAACAAUAACACCAACAACCAGCACCACUAUAAUUGGUGUACAACAAGCAAAAACAUUGUCGUCACAAGGAGCAACAGGAGUCGUACAAGCACAAGCAUCCUCAACACCAUGACCCAAAUGCGUAACACUGACGAUGCUGUUAGUAUUGAUAGUAUGGCUGCACCAGUAGCAUCGUCGGGUGCCCUGCUGGACCAUUACCAACAGACACCAAUGAUAUUGAGUAAAAAAGCCUUACAUCAGCGUGAUGCUGAUGAAAAUUUAUUUUUACGUUUUCUCGAAUUGGAUCCGCCCAACAGCAGUGAUGCCAUGAUGCCCACAACACCGGGUGGUGGCGGCGGCGGACGACGCCUCUCAAAUUCCAAACCAAUUGGCCGUACCCCCUUUACGAUGACAAAAAAAUUAACGCGUACCGCUGAGCGUGGUUUUGGCUUUUCCAUUGUCUGGACACAUCCGCCACGUGUGGAGAAAGUGGAACCGGGCCUCUCAGCCGAUCGUUGUGGCAUUCUGCCCGGUGACUAUGUCAUCUUUGUCGACAAACACAAUGUGGUGACUAUGCCGGAGGCUGAUGUUCUAAAUCUAAUACGUUCACAAGGUGCAACGCUCACAUUGGAGAUUUUUAGAAGAUCAGGUUCUGGUACGGGAGCUACGGGUGCAGCUACUGGUAGCAGUCACACUACAACAACGAUUACAGCGGCCACGGCGACAACACAUCGUUCUCUGGCCACGACAGUGCCAAUGAAUGGUAAAACCUCAAGGAUGGCAGCGAGUAGUGGUACGAGCAUAAAUCGUGAUUUAAACGAUGAGGCGGCAAAACAACAACGACCACCGACAGCAUGUUCGAUGGGCACCACAAUGUCAUCGGUAGAGGCGGCGAAGCGACGUUUAAAUUUACCUCAGGUUACGUUUAGUAAAGAGAGCAUCGCCCCCAUUACGGAUAAUCGUCGACGUUUUCUCCUGCAACUGAUAUCGCGUGAACAAAACUUCAUGUCUGCCCUGCAUUUUGGCAUGCAACGUUUUGUACAACCGCUGGCGGAACGUAAAGACCUUAUCACCCCGAAUGAUCAUCGAACUUUGUUUCAAAACAUGGAUGAACUACUGAGGAUCUCAGAAGAUAUCUUAGAACAACUGUGUCAUGACGAUCAAGAGCCACAAAUGAAUUUUGCCUCAAGGGUAUACCUCUCCAAGACAACGGCCAUUUGUGCGGCCUAUAAGAAAUACUGUAAUGGUAUUAAGCGGGCCGAUUGUGUGCUGGUCAACAAAUCCCGCCAAGCUGGCUCCGAAUUUGUCGCCUUUAUUACCGAACCGCCAGUGCCUCGCAAACGUCCCGAUCUCACCAUGUUCAUACAUCGGCCGCUGCAGCAUUUUCGUGAAAUUCUGAAGCUGAUGCAGCUUCUGGCCUCUAAUUGCCAUGUCGACACUGAGGAACAUAAAAACUUUAAUACUGUCAUUAAUGAGCUGCAGGCAGCUUAUCGUGAAAUUACAGUAUCCUCUGGCCUUAUGGAACCGUUGGGUGAAGGACGACCGCUGCUAACGUUGCAGGACUUGGAAUCACGUAUGGUCUUUACAAAAUGUAAACCUUUCACCUUGGCCGUACAGGGUCGUCAAUGGAUAUUUGGUGGUGAUUUAUCGAGGGUGGAGGGUCGUUCGGUGAAACCCUAUUGGACGCUGCUGUUUAGUGAUAUUAUAGUGUUUGCCAAAGUCAGUCGUGAUCGAGUGUUAUUCAUUACCGAGGAGCCGAUACCCAUUGCGAAUAUUGUGGAUUCAUGUUUUCAUAUGAGAAAAAAGACUACCGAAUUCCGUUUAACUGUUGACCCUAAUGGACGUUUAGCUGAAAGUCCCACCGGUUAUUGUGCCCCAGAUCUCACUAAAACCCCCAAAAAGGGAGCCAGACGCAAAAGUUUGGUGUUAAGGGCUCCCUCGUUGGAAUUAAAGGCUGUGUGGCAAAAUCUUUUACAAAGGCAAAUAUUCCUAGUCAAUGCCGCCUUGGGUUCCACACCCCUCUCCAGCCCCUUGGAUUCUCCAGACGUACUCAAUACUUUAGUACCGUUGAGUGACAUAGGCCUCGCCUCCGCCUCAAUUGGUUCCAUUAAACUCUCCUCGAUGGACAGCAUAAAUCUGAAAAAUCAACAGCAUAAUCAACAGGUUCGUUUAAUGCGCUCACAGGCCCUAACGGGUUCGGGUGAUAGCGCCACUGGCGCUGGUGGUUCUUUUGAGAAUCUACAACGUCUGGCCAGCACCUUAGUAGCCUCAUCACGCAGUAGCACACGUAUGACACAGACCAGCAAUAAUCAUCAUCCGCACUCUGUUUCCUGCUCAUCGCAGACUAAUUCACCGGCCACAUAUCGGCGAUCGCUGGGUGGGGCCUUAGGUCCGCCUGGUGAUAGUGCCACAUCGCUGCGAUCUUUGGCCAUGGGUAGGAAACAUUUGUUGGCUCAGGCCCUGGACAGUGGUCGUCCGUUGUCGGCAUGUAGAGCCUAUAACAACAAUAGCAAUAAUAAUUCCUCUCCCCUCCUAACCUGCUCGGGCAGUAGCCUCAAUACCCAGACAAUAUGUUCGGGAGACCACCUGAUGGGUUGUAAAUGCCUCACAGCCAUACCGGAGGCAGCCACCGAAACGGGGAAUGACUAUCAAAUAUCCGAUGGCAAUUGUAAGGCCAUUGUUUUGAAACAGAACUGCGGUAAUGGUGGUGAAGAGCGUUACCUCCUCAUCGAUGGAGAGGGGCGUUGUUGUGUGACCACAGCUUCUUUGGUAAAUGUACGAACGGGCACCAAUGGCAAUGUCCCGCAUCAACUUGAUAAUGAAAGUUCUCAAGCCCAUGAUCCCACCUCCGCCUCCUCAGGCCCCUCUUCCGCAAAUAACAAAGAAAUCAUUGCGAAAUCCUCCAAACUUCUCGAAUUCUCUCUCAGCUCGGUGGGUAGAUCCUUUAUCGAUGAAAAUGAUUUCGCACCGCCGGGGGAAAAUUCCAUACUAAAUUCCCUUACCACUCCCGAUACACCCACAGCUAAUUUGAGUCCCAUCCGUGAACCGGAUACCUUUUCUAAUGAUUUUGUAACCACCAGCAACUCCGCCACAAAUGAUGCCAAGAAAUCUCUGGAUUCCAAUAUCCCCUUGGCCCAAUUUGGCGGCUCUUGGGAUCUCUUGGAAAUGGAUCUAAAUUUACACGAAGUCGAUUUGGAUACCUGCUAUGACACCGAUGUGGAGGAAUAUAUUUUUCAUGGUGAUACCAAAGAUCCGGUGGGUCUGGAAGAUGAUGAUGAUGACGUGGGCGAGGACGAAGAGGAUGAGGAAAGUUUUGCCAUUGAGCGGGCUCAUCAUCACAUUGUCGAUGAUCCGUUUGGGAACUCCCGUCUCACCCCGCAAGUAUCGGAGCAAAUUGAAAAACUCAUAGAUGAAAAAUGUCGCAUCCUCAAUAAAACGGGCACUUCAAAAUCGAGUGCCCUCCAUUUGGCCAAUUGGAUGAAAGGCCAAUUGGAUAAACAACAGGAACAGGCACGUUUGGUAGUAUCCCGGUUUAUACCCGAAAAUCAAUUAGACACAAAUACAGACACAGAAGAUGCUAAUCAACAGGAGUCAUGUGAUGAACGGAUAACCUAUUGGACACGACAACAAUUGGAAAAACGUACUCAAGAGCUAAAUUUGGCCAAAGAAAAUGGCCAUCUAUCGGCAAGACCAAAUUUCGGGGGUAAACGUUUGAGUGGUGUGGAUGAGUUGAGUAUGAGUGAUGUGUCACAUUCAGAAGCGGUUAGCCAGAUUAGUCAAUCGCAUAGUACAACAUCGGAUAGUCAGAUUACGGUUCGUUCAAGUCCCAUUAUUUUAGACAAAUUAGCCGUGUGUCGUCAUUGUCAUAAAAAUUGUCAAAAAACUCCCAAAAAUGCCUUAGACCAUCAUUCAAACACUGAAUCGCAUCAUGAUCAUCAUCAGCAGGAACAGCAGACGGAAGAAAACCGCGACAAAGAUCCUGCCGAGGCUAGAGAACAAACAUCGAACAUGCCACCCCCUAACAGUUGUCCCCUUUCACCCAAUUCCCUGCAAAAAUCCUCCUUAGUUUGUAAUUCCCUUAAAGUCCAACAUAGCCAAUCAUCGCCACAUCGUUGUUGUAAAUUAAAUGGUAAUGGCGGAACAACGACCACGAGUAGUGUUGCCAGUCGGGCGAGUAGUGUAACGAGCAUAUCAUCGGGUGGGGGUACGGUGACGGGAGAGAAACCCGGAACGAAGCAUCACAAUCAUGAGCCUCAUCCCAGUAGUCGCAGUAGUAAUCGCGACGAUACGGAAAGUGAUGUCGCCCAGCUGCUAACCGAUGAUAAUUAUUGUCCCUCAGAGACCGCAAUGGACGAGGGCGACACUGGGUUUGCCGGCCCACCUGCAACGGCUGGCGAGCAUAAAACGGCCCAUAACAAUCACAACGAAGCCACCAGCAGUUCUACGACCAGUUCAGCCACCAGUUCCACCACCAGCACCACCAGUAUUAGCAGUACCCAAUUGGAGGCGAAUGCCACAACCUCCACAAAUCAGGACACCACCACCGACAGUGAGAUCAACGGAAUCGCCGGUGGCCAGCAACUCACCGGAAGGAUCCAUCAUUUACGAAUUUUAGAGGAGGAGGAAAAUAAUGAGGUGGGGGUAGGUUUAAUGACAAAUGGUCAUUGUGAGGGAGAGGAAAGGGAGGGGGAGAUUUCAGCCAAGCCUCAGCCACCACCCAGAAAAUUUGUAAAUAAUUGCCAGCAGCAGGAGGAAGAGAAGGUUCCGAAAGUGGUGAAAAUCAACGAAAGCCCUGAGAAGUGUCCACGCUCCCCCAAAACCCCAACGAAAUCGCCAAAAACCCCCUCCACACCCAAAUCGGAUAGAUCCGCCAGUAGUUCGACAAAAUCCAAACAAUUUGUGGCCUGCAAUUGUAAUUGCAGACCUGAGGACUUCGCCAAUACCACUCUAAGUCCCGAGGAGGUGGAGCUGAAGACCUGUAAAUUAUUGGAAUCCCCCAAACAAUCUCCCAAAAUGCCAAAGACCCAGGAGACAACCUCUGAAGACAUUUCCGAAGAUCCACAUCGUUUUUGUCGUUGUACUUGCAAUCAAGGACCGGGGAAUCACCUCUCCCUGAUGUUAAUUGGCCUGGCCCAAUUGACACCCACAGCCAAACUUUUAAAUAUGACCACACCCACAGCUCCCCUGCCCACACCCACCCAAAACACGCACAUCGGUUAUGCUGGUGGAGAACCUGGAAAUUUUGUACCCACAAUUGCCAUAGUACCUGCCACUCCCGAUUCUGUGCUAACCAAAACCUCCACAAAUGUUUGGGAUAACAGUUCCAAUAUGAGCUCCACCCACAGCCCUACGAAUACCUCAAAUCUCCUGAUCAGCAAUAUACCACGACAUCAGGCCAUUAUCGAAAACAUCCCGGAAGAUUCAUGCGAUGAAUCUCCCCUGGAUGAGGAACCACCCUAUAGGCCCAUGUCCAACACUCUGAGGCGUUAUGGGACCAUGUCCAGUUUGGAAAAGUUACCCUCAGAGGAUCGGCUGGAAAAUGAUUACGACGAUGAUGAGGAUGAUGACGACGACAUCGAUGCCGAUGAUAAUGACAUGGCCAUCGAUGAUGAUGAGGAUGAUGAUGAACUAAUGGAUAAGGCCCGAGCCGAUAACAUAGAACUGGAUAAUGAAAUACGUGUGGUAACUAAGGCCAUUUAUUCCUCGGAAGAGGCAAGUGGUUCCAUUUUAAGCUCGGCGAAUAACUCUAACACCUCCAAUGCCUGGACAAGUCGUGCCUCAACAUUUGUCUCGGGGAAAAUGUCCUUUUUCGAAGAGUCGCGAGCAUUCAUUGACAAAUAUUUGGGUAGAUGGAAUCAGGAACAGCCAGAUAGUGCGGGACCGGCAUUGACCUCUGAUCCUGAGGAACAAAUGGAUGAAUGCACUUCGGGAGCCACAUCGGGCGAAGAGGUGUGGGGUACUCCGACCAGUGGGGGAGAUAAUGAUGAUAUGCACAUGGCCAAUUCGGAAAAUACACAUUCGUCCCCCACAAAAUCCAGUAAUUCGCUAAAUGAUGAUGAUGACACGGAGCUAAUGAUGGAUGAGCUAUUAAUGGCACCACCAAUGUCUGCCAGCAGUAUUAGGGGUCUCUUGCCACGACGUCGCCUAGAACCAUUGUUCGAGGAGGAAACGGAAAGUGAUGAAGAGAAAACGCAACAGGAAAGUGAAGAAUUGAAAAAGGGGGAAACAACGACAAAUGGCCACUAUUUAGAGGAUUCGGAAGCUGGAAGUUCCAGCGAGGAGGAGGAAGCGGAGGACGAGGGGGAGGAGGAGGAGAUGGAGGAUCAUGUGAAUACAGCGGAUUACGAGGAGGAGGACGAGGAUUUGACCUCAACGGAGGAACGGCUACAGCCACAGCUGCAAACCACAAUUUUGGGUCCUCGACCCUUGACUACAACACCAGUUGGUCAAGUAAACGUUUUACCUCCAGCAGUACUGAAGGCCUCAUCUUGCGAGUACCUCUUGGAUCGGCCUAUGAUCAGCAACGAGGCUACAACAAUAAUGGCUACGACGAUGGCUACAACAGCCGACAGCGUUACAGCAGCAGUCGAAGUCGCAACCUGCUCGACGAAGAUGAUGACGACGUCGACGACUACAGUAACGAUGAUGACAGCAACAACAACAGCCACCGCAGCCAUGACAACGCCGGCAAUGGAGACCUCUACUACGAUGGCCUCAACAACACGGACAACACCGAAUCGGGUAGCCUCGUCGGCAUCUACAACAAUCAGCAGCGCGAACGUCACUACCGCGAGCGAGAAAGACGUCAAAACAACAAUGCCGGCGGAGCCGAAGAACGAAGUGAAAAUUGUGCCACGACCAGCGAAAUUUAUACCACCUCCACCGCCGCCACGUCGUCUCUUAUUGACUCAAACAAAUCUCAAGACAAGUGGAGCGGAUACAAAAAUAGCGGCAGCAAAAGUGCUCCAACCUCAACGAAAAUCUGGCGCUUUUGCUGACACUGGCUCUUCCGUGGGUGCCAAAGAAGGCGCGGCUUACGACGCCAGCCCUGCUAUACCCACGGCAAAUAUAGUCGGACCGCAACACACGAAGAUCACGACAACGACAACCACCACGAACACGACGUCGAUGAAUAUGACGACAGCGACACCGAAAACUACCAACGUAGAGGAUGUUAUCAGAAAUUAUUCCGCAAAACCCACAAACAGGAGCAUGUGCGACUCAAUGAAACCCCCAACCGGGCCACCACAGCCACAACAGCCUCUGGAACCGCAACAACGACUAUCAUCAACAAUAAUCGAGACCUCACUGCUCAGUCUAAUGGACAACAGCAGCAGCUGCAAAACCAAUCGACCACACUGCACAUCAUCAACAACAGCUUCGAAGAUGAAGGGGAAAUGUCCCAUGAAACCCGAACGCAAACAGGUGGCAACGACACAAACCCCGACAUCACGAGAUUUGGAUCAGCAACUGCAAAUGGAGAUGCAGCGACGACCACAGGACGAACCCGAAAACGAUUCCACAUCGACUUGUGCACAGCCCGCAGUAGUUGGCUCGGCCUUAAGUCCUCGCCUAGAGAUGCGUUUGGCCCUCAAUCAGGAUAUAAUGGGCGACGAAGAUUUGAUAAGUUACGAUCCUGGGCCAGAUCUAACAACUAUUCUGGUGCACGACCUCUCAACAUUUCAUCGUCUGACGGGCAGAGAUUUAUUGAAUCGCUCGGCCAUGAAUCGGGUUCAACCAAAAGAGGCUGUCAUAUCGUACUCUCAACAGCGAAACUCGAAGAUGGAUACGCCCACAGUGAAUCGCAGGCCACGACCUCAUCUCAACAGCAGCACCAACAACGGUCUCGCUGGUUCGGUACGUGUCGGCGACGUUCAACAACACCUGCAGCCAAAUCGAAAUACAUGGAGCAGUUUUGCAUUUGCGGAUCGAAAUCGAGACGUGAACGCCAGCGACGCAAACAGCAAAGACGACAGCAAGCUAAGCGAUCUCGAAAUCUUAGCGAGACGCGAGAAGAUAUACUGCAUGUCUCAAUUGAGGAGUGGCUCACGAGUCAAGACGAUGACGACGACGAUGAUGACGUCAACGAAAAUCAUGGCCUCCACAACAACAACAACAGCGACCGCCAGCAAUUCAUUGAACAAUCCUCUGAUGAGGACGACGAGUACUACUUCGAUGGCCGGUGUGAGUGAAGAGGCGGGCAGUAGCUCGAAGAAGAGCCAGAGUCGACAACGUAAAAUAAGUCGUGAUGAGACCGCUCUAAUGGAAACGGGCAAGGCAAAUAAAUUAAUAAAUUUUAUUAAACGUCGCAAUUCUGAAAUACCCCCGAGCGCCAAUAACUCACAAACCUCGCUUAAUGAUUCCAAUUCUAGUAGCACGCCUCAGCACGCCAAGCAGGCACCGAUGUCGCCACGCAAGGAUAAUGACAAACCGUCAUUGAAUCGCCGCCUUUGGAAACAAAUUACAAAACGACGACGUUCUAAUUCGGUUUCCGAACUAGUGGCAUCUUAA